AUGAACUCGCUGUCUGUGCUUUCGCCCCGUCUGGGAUGUUUCCUCUUCCAGAGUGCUCGCUAUGCAAGCACGGCACCACGAAUGAAGAAAUUUGCUAUUUAUCGUUACAACCCAGACAAGCCCAGCCAGAAGCCAUACAUGCAAACUUACGAAAUCGACCUCAACGAGUGUGGCCCUAUGGUGCUGGACGCCCUUAUCAAGAUUAAGAACGAGAUUGAUCCCACGCUGACUUUUCGUCGUUCCUGCCGGGAGGGUAUCUGCGGCUCAUGUGCCAUGAACGUAGAUGGCGGGAACAGGCUUGCCUGCAUUUGGGCCAUCGACAAAAACACUUCUAAAACGUCCAAAAUAUACCCGCUGCCUCACAUGUACGUGAUUAAGGAUCUCGUCCCCGAUAUGUCAAACUUCUAUGCCCAGUAUCGGUGGAUUGAGCCAUAUCUCAAGAAGAAGGAUUUCAAGGAGGAAAAGGUCGGCGAGAAAGCGUUCUGGCAAUCAAUCAAGGAUCGUGAUAAGAUCGAUGGUCUGUAUGAGUGCAUCCUCUGUGCGUGCUGUUCGACAUCAUGCCCAUCGUACUGGUGGAACUCCGACAAAUACCUCGGUCCUGCCGUCCUCAUGCAGGCAUACCGGUGGAUGAUUGACACCCGCGACGACUACACUUUCGAACGACUAACUCAGUUGCAAAAUAAAUGGUCGGGUCUGAAUCCGGGAAAAGCAAUUGGCGAAAUAAAGAAGAUGCUUAUCUACUACAACAGUUAUAAGGACAAGAAACCAAUGAAUAAGAUGGUUAACUAA